AUGAAUCAACAACAGCUCAUUACAUCCAUGAUUCCCUCAAUCAUAACCGACACUUUGACUUCAUAUGGACUCUCUAUACCUCAACAAGUUCUCGUCGGAAGUCUUGCUUUCCAUCUCAUCUUGUACUUGUUCGUCAUGAAAAUAUUAUGUUUGACUCUGAUUAAUCCAUCGUUUUAUAAAACUCUCUCAAAACGAGAUCAAAACGAGUACGAGUCACGUAUCAUUUCCUCUCUUCACUCAUUUGCAAUGGCAUUUGGUGGAAUGGCAAUUUUAUUCAACGAUCAUGUGUUUUUAUACGAUUGGAACAUUAUGCACAGGUCACUGGCAACUGAAUGCUUGUUUUACUUCUCCACGGGAUACAUGCUUAUUGAUUUGUUGUUUGUCUUGUAUUAUUAUCCUCAAAUUGGAGGCAUUGAAAUGGUGAUUCACCAUGUUUUUAUUUCGUCAGGCCAAAUGUAUCUUGUGGAAAGCCAAAUUGGAGAAGUGUUGGGUGUUUGGGUCACACAAACCGAGCAUACCACCAUUUUCAUUAAUAUGAGGUGGUUUUUGGACAAGGCUGGAAUGAAGGAAAGCGCAAUCUAUAUUUUCAAUGGACUCAUGAUGUGGCUGGUGUGGUUCCUGGUACGAAUUGGCUAUGCCGUUUUUAAUGUUGUCUUUUUUGUGAGAAAGUGGGAUGAAUGGAUGAAGUUGGUUGAGGAGAGAGGAAAUUAUGGAGUUUUUCAUCUUGUUUUCUUCAUUAUUCAAUGUUUGAAUUUGGGCUACUUGAAUAUCAUGUGGUUUACCAAGUUGACAAGAGGAGUCAUUAAGGCUCUUUUCAGUAAGGACGAAACAAAGAAGAAGACUGCAUAA